CAUCCCCACACCAAAUUCCAGAAACACCCACUUCCUCUGGAGACCCUUGGACCGUUCACUCCGAGGAUCAUCAUCUUCUUCUUCUUCUCUAUUUUUUUCUUUUCUGACGCUCCUCCUUUUACCCCAAUUAUAUUACUUGAAGAUGCCUCGUACUUCAUCCAAGAAAGGCGUAACUGGUUCUGCAGCCUCUACCAAUCCUGCCGUCGAUUUGUUUCGCUCUGCUUCAAGUAAAGCAGCAAAUAAGGAAUUGGAACGUAUCGACCAAUUAUUUCAUACAUAUGCCAAUACUUCGUCUGGUAUGAUUGACCCGGAAGGAAUUGAGUUUCUUUGUUCCGAUUUGGAAGUCGAACAUACCGACGUCAGGAUAUUGAUGCUUGCAUGGAAGAUGCAGUCUGAAAAACAAGGAUACUUUUCACUGGAUGAGUGGCGGAGGGGCCUCAAAGCAUUAAGAGCUGACACAGCACAGAAAUUGAAGAAAGCACUCCCAGAACUUGAGAAGGAGGUCAGAAGGCCAUCAAAUUUUGUAGAGUUCUACUCCUAUGCGUUUCAGUAUUGCUUGACGGAGGAGAAGCAGAAGAGCAUAGACGUCGAGAGCAUUUGUCUCCUGCUUGAUCUCGUUUUAGGGUUUGAAUUUCGACCCCAAGUUGACGCCCUUAUUCAGUAUUUGAAGACGCAGACUGAUUACAAGGUUAUAAACAUGGAUCAAUGGAUGGGAUUUUAUAGGUUUGUUAAUGAGAUUAGUUUUCCAGACCUGAGCAAUUAUGACCCCUUCCUUGCCUGGCCACUGAUCCUGGAUAAUUUUGUGGAGUCACUGAGAGCAAUGCAUGGCUAAGAACACCGCUGUUUGGCAUGUCACUGUGUGCACCAAAUAUUAUUUGUUAAUGCGAAGAUUGUUCAAGCCGCGCCUCAAGCUGCGCAUGCUAUUGUUUGGAAAUUUAUCUUUUUCUUUCCUUUAUUCCCCCUCUGUUCCCCCUUCCCCGACUUGUAAUGCUAAGACAAGAUAUGGAACGGUAAGUGGAGCUAUUCUUCAUAUAACUACUCUUAUUCAACAUAAAUAUAUAGGAUUUUCUUUCUACCUUUUAGUGUAA